AUGUUUAAGCCUCCAAAAAAGACCGGCGGAAAGUCUGUGAAAGGAAAGGCUAUGACCGAAGUCAAUGGACCUUCUACAGACAACAUGUCAACUAAACAGCUGAAAGAACAGAUUAUCCAGCUGCGUGAGGAACUGGAGAAGGAGCGAAAAGAGCGCAAUUACUUCCAGCUUGAGAGAGAUAAAAUACAUACCUUCUGGGAGAUCACCAAAGAUCAACUAGAGGAGAAGAAAGCUGAACUUAGGAUGAAGGAGAUCGAAAUGGAAGAAGCUGAAGAGUGUCAUCAGGCUGAAAUCAAGUUGUUCAAUCAGAAGUUUAAACACUUGCAGUAUGGACAACAAACCCAUAUAACAAAACCUAAGGCAGAAGAAGUGAUUGCCACCAAACUCCAGGAGAAAAAGCAGAUAGACCUGGAGAAUGAGGUGCGGAGAAGAACGCGCGGACUGACAAUGUAUAUGCAAGAACAGAAGCUCUCCUAUGAGUACUACAUAAAUGACCUAAAACUGAGCCACGAUAAUGAAAUCACCAAGCUGUUAAGUAAAUUUGAGAAGAAAGUACAAGAAAUCGAGGCUGGAUAUGAGAGGAAGUUGAAAAAACAGCGAGAGGAGCAAGACCUGAAGUGCAAGACUGAGUGCCAUGAAAUCAUUCAAAGGAAAACCAUCCACUCCAACACACUGAUAAAGAACCACAACAAAGCGUUCACUGAUAUGAAGAACUAUUACAAUGAAGUGAAUCGUGUGAAUGUCGAGCAUAUCAGCUCACUUCAGAAGCAAGUGGAAGAGAUGAAGAAGACGGAGAAUAGGUUAAAGAGGGAGGUGGCUCAGGUGCGGGAGCAGAAUAAGCGAUUGGUUGAGCCGCUGAAGAAAGCCACGGAGGAAGCAUCCGAGCUAAAGAAGCAGUUCGCAAAAUAUAAUGUGAACAAAGCCAAACUAGCCGAAGUUACAACAAGUCUCAAAGUUGUGGAGAAAGAGCUGAGGAACCUGAAAUGGGAGCAAGUAGUGUUGGAGGAGGAAUUCAAUAGGGUGCAGCAGGAACGUGAUGAACUAUACGAGAAGUUCAACGAGAACUCUUAA